UCUUUUUUUUUUUUACUCCAUAGCGCCCUAAGCUUGAAGCAGAUUUGAAAUCUCCAGUUAAAAUUGAGUUUCAAUCUUCUGAACUGGUGUACUCUACCAACAUGGUUGUGGCCCCAGAGAAAGUGGCUGAGACUGUGGCAGUAGUGCCACGGCCUGGCUACGAGGAGACUUCAGUCUUUAGUUUGUUGGAAGUGUCCGAUCAUAGACGUCAUAAAGAGGAAGUCACAUUUCAGCUAGUUCUGCAUCCUGUCAGAUACGCCGAUACCGCCUAUGUCUAUCUCAACAGUACUAAAAAGCGUUUCGUCAGCAGGACCUUCUACGAGGCUAGGAUUCGACCACGUAGUUUCUCAGACACCACGUACACAUUUCCCAAGACCGCUGACCACUUCUACGUCAGCUAUCUGGACGUCCACAAUCACGAGAACAGGAAGUGGUACAAAACGAGCGUGGAGGUCAAGGCCAGGAAGUUCACAACCGAGCACAUCUUGCGACCUCCUGGCAGCACUCGUACAGAUUUCUUGACCAAGACUGUCGUCCAUUCGUCCACACAUCCGAGUCAGAGAGGAUCUGGCUUAGGUCUCGAUCAUAUCCCCAGCGGGGCUUCGUUUAACACAUCAAACGAAGUCUACGUGAAUGGGGCGAAAUUUCAAGAGGAGUAUGACCCGGGGGCUUCACAAAUAUACAUCCCCAAAUCUCUGAAAAGAUCCCUCGGUGAGCAUUCGUUGCUCAAUGGGGACAUAAAGCUUCAAUUUGGAAAGAAAACUCUGGACUUUAAUAUGAAUGAUCCUUUGUUGGACUUUUCGGAUGUCUAAGGAAUUAAAACUUUGUAACAAACAAUGUGCUAUAACUUAUUGUGUAAAUAAACUUUUAGAUUAGCUUUAGACAACAAGAAACAUGCAUUUUACCCUUUUAACUGCCGCCAUAUUCUUACGCGCCUAUUGCCAUUUUUUAAAAAUAUUAGUCAAUACAAACCCGGUCUCUAAGGGAAUAGAUUAACAUAGAGAUAAUUUUAUAAUUUGCUUAAUCUCGCUUCGGCCAGAAGUAGCAAGCUAACCAAGGGAAGAACAGAUGGUCUGUGGUCAAGAUAGCCUGUGACUUAGAACAAUUUCAUUCCUUGACGAAAACGUACGAAAUCGCCAACACCUAUUCUAAAACUAAACUUUUUGAAAGGGGAGUGUGUAAAGUCAAACAUAACAUGAAAGUUAUAAAAGUUAUGUUUCAUAUAAAUACCUGUACAUAAUUAUGACAUAUUAUUUUUACAUAAUAAUUAUAAUAGACGUGAUAAAGUAAUUCUUGUAUUUAUGUGAUGUAUAUGUUUUCUAGUGAGUUUCUUAUUUUAGACCAAGUGUGUCAUUUUAUUUUACAUUUAAUGGUUUUUAUGUUAUGGCAGCAUUGUAUCCAUAGUUUAGCCCUAAAAGUUAACACAGGCAAACAGAUCUAUUCUAUGCAAUUGUAACUUUUUAAACUUGGACUGCCUUUCUCAACAAGUCAUUGCAGUGACGAUGCCAUCUACCAAGGUUCUGGAGUUCUUCAGGUCUGGAACAUUCUGCAGUAGCGUAGGAAGAAACAAAGCCUUCCUCUGAUUU